UAUCAGAGUAAAUUAUACAGAGAAAUGGGGAUUAAUGAGUCAAUUAUUUUGGUAGUGGUUGUGGGUUUGAGCAUGAGCCACGGAAGCUUGGGUCAGUCAAGUGGAUGCACCACGGCCUUGAUAAGCUUAUCCCCAUGCUUGACUUACAUCACCGCCACCGGAACCACCUCUCCGUCUUCCUCGUGCUGUUCGCGCCUUGCCACCGUGGUUCAAUCGCAGCCACGCUGUCUUUGCUCUGCCCUCAACGGUGGCGCCGCCGCUUCUCUCGGUGUCACCAUCAACCAGACUCGAGCUCUUGCGCUUCCUGCUGCUUGUCGUCUUCAAACCCCGCCACCCACCCGAUGUAAUGAUAAUGGUAAUGGAGGUGAGGGUCCGAUAAUAUCCCCAAUAAGUUCAUCAGACAAAUUAGCAGACGAUGAAGAAGUUGGUGAAGCUCCUUCAACGCCGGCGACAACAUGGGAGUCCAGUUUUCCUUCUGCAAUAGGGUCCGACAAUGUUCCGAUAACCAAAGCAAUCCCAUCGGGCGGCUGGAGCUUAAUCAACUCGCCCUUUUAUCAUCUCAUUAAUCUCAGCAUAUUUCUUAUAUCUAUGUUGCUUUAAGCUUAAUUAUUAUUGAAUUGCCCUAUCACAAAAUCAAAUAUUAAUUUAUCUUUGCAAUAUUAUUUAUUUAUACACCCGUAAGUUUCUAGUACGUUGGUACUCUCAUUGUAUCUUAAUGUAC